AUGCCGAAAGCAGAAGUUGGAUCAACCAAGUUCUUGAACAACAAGUUAAAGUCCAAAGGACUUCAGCGAUUACGAUGGUACUGUCAAGUCUGCGAGAGACAAAUGCGCGACGAAAAUGGCUUCAAAAUGCACACACAAUCGGAGUCGCAUGUUCGACAAAUGCUCUUAAUCGGCGAAGAUCCUAAAAAGUAUAUCAACGACUAUAGUGGUCAAUUCCAGCGCGACUUCCUCCAAUUAUUGCGCACCUCUCAUGGCGAGAAGCAAAUAAGUUUAAAUCAUUUCUACCAGGAAUAUAUCAACAACAAGGAGCAUGUCCAUAUGAAUUCAACGAAAUGGCCAUCUUUGACAGAAUUUGCAAAGUUCUUGGGCAGAGAAAGUUUAUGCCGAGUGGAGGAAACGGACAAAGGCAUACAAGUAGCAUGGAUUGACAACUCGCCCGAGGCGUUACGACGACAAGAUGCGAUCAGGAAGAAGGAUAGACAAGACAAGGGUGACGAGGAGCGGGAACAAACGCUUAUCAGAGAGCAGGUACGCCGCGCAAAGCAAGAUGCGGAAGCUCGUGGAGAAACGGAGACGGAUGAGCAAGAAGGAGAGCUCAAGAGGGAUGAGGGGGAGAAGAUAAAGCUUAGCUUUGGUGCUAAGCCUACCGUCUCGAAACCGGAAAGCAAAACUAUCAAGCCAGUGGAGAACAAGACGCCGACUGGCAAUGAGCCUACUCUCGAGACAGCAAAGGAUGAGGAUAAACCCUCCCAGACACUGGCAAAGGAAGACAAUAAAACCACAGAGUCUGGAAAGCUAGAAACAGCCCCUGCUAAAGUUUCUUUGAAGAUGGGAUUUCAGAGCAAGCCAAAGAACGUUUUUGCAGCGGCCAAAAAGAACGCUCUAGCAGGCAAAAAGGCCUCUGUAUUCGAACAGCCGAAAAAGAUGAGUGAAGCAGAACGUAUCAUGAAGGAAGAAAUCGAGCGCAAGAGAACCAGGGAGCAAUCACAUGGAGGGCCUUCCCAGAAACGACCACGGUUUUAA